AUGUCGUGGUCCGGAUACGUCGACAGUCUCAAAGCAAACUACGCCGGUAACGUCGCCGCCGCUGGCCUUUUCGGCUUCAAUGGAUCAACUUGGGCACAGGAAGGCUUCGACCACGCCGCCGCCAACUACCAGGAGAUUAUCGACUUGUACAACUUGUUCACCGACCCCAGCAGUGGUUUCGCAAAUGGCUUCACAUUCAACGGAGAAAAAUUCGUCCUUGUCAAAUGUUCCGAAGACUCGCUCCAAGCAAAGUCAAAGGCCGAAGGAAAAAACCCGUUCUCAGUUGAAAAGUCGAACCAGUGCCUCACCAUCGCCAGAGGAGUCGAUGGAUCCAAUGGUGGAUCCUUAUCACUCGCCGUCGGGAAAAUCGCCGACUACUUAAAAGCUAACAACUACUAA